UCAGUCACACUAACUGGCAACCAGAGCAGCGUUGCCGCUGUAGAUUCCUUUCGUGUCCGUGCGACGUUUUCCGCCAUUAAUACGUUGUAGUUUGGGAAGUCCGUAGUACAUAGGCGUACAUAAAUAAGUUCAAAAAGUGUAUGUCUCAUUCCUCCUCCUUGAUCAGUAUGAUAUUUGAAUGAGCACUAUCGAACAAACUGUGACAAGUGUAACAACUAACUCGGCACUUAGAGCCAGUUAUUACAGACGUUAUCAUCUUAUAUUUUCAAUUAACAAAUAACAAAGAAAUGACGCUAGAAACAUCGACAUGGUUAAAUCUAUGCUUUGUGGAGAAGAUCCUGCGAAAGUCGGCAAACGACGAUUCGAUUCAGGUGAUCGAUAUAGUUUCGAAACCGGCUACAAACAAGGGUGACAACUACACUAGCGACAUGAUUAGGAUUAAUGCGGAAUAUACACGCGACUCUAAGAUUAAAGAAAAAAAAUCCAUUAUUAUCAAACUCUCUCCUGUACAUGGUAUUCGACAGAAGAUCGUCACACAAGCAGGUUUCUUUCACACAGAGAUGUCGAUGAUGUCCGAUACUUUGGAUAAAAUGAAUAAGUUGUUGGGGCCAAAGCAUCGCUUGAGUGCGAAAAUUCUCUAUGCGCAAAAUGAAAAUCCAACGCUUCUAGUGAUCGAAGAUCUCGCAUCUCUCGGUUUUCGAAUGGCUGAUCGUUUUUCUGGUCUCGAUUUAGAUCAUUCUCUAUUGGCAUUUCGCGGACUUGCCAGAUUUCAUGCAGCCUCCGUUGUCUUAUGCGAAAAGAACCCGAAGCAAAAAGAGAUGUACACAAAAGGAAUGUUUUGUAAUCAGCACUCGCUAGAAACGAAAUCUUUCUUCAUUCUGGCUGUCAAAGCUUUAGCAGAUGAGAUUGCAAACUGGCCAGAAGCGAAAAAAUACUCGAAAAAAAUUGCUAAACUUUCCGAUCACAUAUACCAAAUAGGAAUAGAUGCACAUACGCUCUGUGAAGACGAAUUUAAUGUUAUUAAUCAUGGUGAUUGUCACAUAAAGAAUAUAUUAUUCAAAUAUGACUAUAAUGGGAAACCUACUGAUCAGAUUUUUGUAGACUUUCAAAUGUGUAUCUACGCGUCGGCGACACUCGAUCUUCUCUAUUUGUUCAAUUCAAGUAUUUCCAUCGAUGUUAUUGAACAUAAGACAGAUAUUUUAUUAAACGAAUAUCUUCACACCUUGUCAACGACUAUGAACCAAUUGAAUUGCAAGACGCAGCCGCCCACUAUGACAGAACUGAAGGUUUCCAUAAAACGAAAAGCUAGCUAUGGAAUGCUGACAUCUUUCAUCUUUUUACCUCUUUUGGUGGGCUAUAAGUCUGAGGCAAAAGAUUUUGAUGAAAUAUUGUGCAGUGGUACUUAUACGAAUCCAGGUUUAAAGAAUGAGAUUUUUAAAGAAAUAUUGAUAAAAAAAUUGCCACUGUAUGAUGAGUGGGGUUUGCUGGAUCUUUAAUGUAUACUUUAGUGAUUACAGAAAUCUUGGAAAUAAAGAUAUUAGAUGUACUAUAAAUAUAACAAAUACAUUAAAAUUAAUAACAAUA